AUGACUGCUGUGUUUCCCCAUGCUGAAGAUGAUUAUUUCUGUUCAGUAUGCAGCAAGGUCUUCAACAAUCCUGUUCUGCUGUCCUGCAGCCACAGCUUCUGUAAAGACUGUCUGGAGCUCUGGUGGGUGGAUAAACCUUUACGCCCAUGUCCUCUGUGUCGAGCACCUUCAACAGGUGAGCCACACCGUAACCUGGCAUUAAAGAACCUGUGUGACUCCUUCUUAAAGCAUCUUUCUCUGGAGGAUAAGACCUCUGAAACAGAGACAGUCUGCAGUCUGCAUUCAGAGAAGUUGAGGCUCUUCUGUCUGGAUCAUCAGCAGCCAGUGUGUGUAGUCUGUCGGGAUUCCAGGGCUCAUACCAACCACAGAUUCAGACCCAUCAAUGAGGCUGCAGACGACUACAAGGAGGAGCUCAGGAAACACCUGAAGCUUUUACAGGAUAGAAUAGAGCACUUCAAUAAAGUCAAAGUGGAGUGGGAUCAAACGGCAGCAUAUAUAAAGACCCAGGCUCUAGACACAGAGAAACAAAUCAAGGAGAUGUUUAAGAAACUUCACAAGUUUUUAGAAGAGGAGGAAAAGGCCAGAGUGGCUGCUGUGAGGAGGGAGGAGGAGGAGAAGAGUUCAGAAAUGAAGAUAAAGAUUCACGUUUUGACCAGAGAAAUAGCAAGUCUUUCAAAGACCAUCAAAGCCACAGAAAAGGAGCUGAAAUCAGGAAGUGUCACCUUCUUUAACAACUACAAGGCUGCAGUGGAAAGGGCCAAGCAGCGCCCCCUGGUGGAGGAUCCACAGUUGGGGCCAGGAGCUCUGAUCGAUGUAGCCAAACACCUGGGCAACCUGAGCUUCAACGUCUGGAACAAGAUGAAGGAGAUGGUGACGUAUUCUACAGUUGUUCUGGAUCCAAGCACUGCAGGAUUACAUCUAUUUGUGUCUGAAGAUCUGAAAAGUCUGAGAUUUACACAGAGGGAUUACCCGCCAUUGAAAAACCCAGAAAGAGUUGAGGGGUACCCAAUGGUGCUCGGGUCUGAGGGGUUUAACUCAGGGACUCACAGCUGGGAUGUCGAGGUCAGGAGUGAUGCAGACUGGGCUGUUGGUGUGAUAGCAGAGUCUGUGUCUAGGAAGGGAGACAUCCAGAGUGGAUUUUGGGAGGUUCAGUUUUUUGAUGGUAAAUACAGAGCGUACGCUCCACCAAUGACAGAUACAAUCCUUUCUGUGGACCAGCAGCUGCAGAAGAUCAGAGUGAAGCUGGGCUGGAGCAGAGGGAAACUGUCUUUCUAUGAUCUGGAUAUGAAUACACACCUUCACACUUUCUAUCAGAUCUUCAAUAAGCGCCUGUUCCCGUUUGUCAGCACAAUAAACAAAAAUUCACUGAGCAUAGUCCCAAAGAAAUUCAAGGUGCAGAUAGAGAUAUAG